AUAAGAUUGCACUAGUAUCAAAAAGUGUUUAUAGCAUUGUUAAAUCGUGUCUUUAGAAAUGGGUGCUUCAGGAGUAUUACUGGCAAAAACUCUCCUACUUCUUAUAGCGGUAUAUCCCAGUGCGUCAUCUCCUACACUUGGACUGCUAAAACAGAAACUUUUCGGUGGUGGUGGAUAUGGAGGAGGAUUUGGGGGAGGUUAUGGAGGAGGCUACGCUGGGAGUUACGGUGGUGGACGCCCAGGAGGUGGUUGCCAAACAUGCAAUCAGCAGCCGGUAUACCAACAGCAGCCAGUGUAUCAACAGCAGCCAGUGUAUCAACAACAGCCUGUGUAUGUUGAACAACCAGUAGUAUACGAACAGCCACGUCCUAUUGUAGUCGAGAAACCAGUAAUAGUUGAACAACCACGUCCAGUAGUAGUGGAACAACCUCGUCCAGUAGUAGUCGAAAAACCAGUUUACCGACCCAAACAACCAGACACUAUCAUAAUAAUAGAAGAAGAAGUUCAAAAGCGACCACCUCCCCCACGACCAACAUACCACUAUGUACAUCCAACUUAUUCACCUGUACGACCAACUUAUCGACCAGUGCAGCCAACAUAUAGACCAGUACAACCAACAUAUCGCCCCGUUCAACCAACGUAUCAUCCUGUCAAGCCGACUUACCAACCAGCUCCAACCACUUGCACUACGUGCCAACCAAACCCAUGCACUACAUGUGGACAAGACGGCAGCAAUGGGGGCGGUGGUGGUGGAGGAGGUGGCGGCGGAGGAGGAGGUGGAGGUGGUGGUGGCGGCGGCGGAGGAGGCGGAUGGGGAGGUGGUUUUGGUUUUGGCGGUGGCGGCGGAUUAGGAAGCAAUUAUGGUAAAAAGUGA